AUGUACGGGAUGAACUCUGGGGAGAUGGGUCUCAUUUACUUGGCUGUUUUGGCUGCUGUGGUCGUUGCCGGUGUGCCAUAUCUGGGUUUCAUCCAUUUCGUUGUCGAUAAAGCAACGAAGGAGGGGAGGAAGAUCCAACCGGAGACAAAAUUGUUGCCGGCUUUGGUGGCGUGUUUCUUCAUGCCAACUGGACUGUUUCUCUUUGCCUGGGCGUCGAAUCCUGGGAUCCAUUGGAUUGUACCGACUACUGGGGUAUUUCUGGCCAGUGGAGCGUUUUGCAUCAUCAUCCAGAGUGUCUUUGUUUACAUCGCUCUUGCCUACCCUGCAUAUGUGUCCAGCUUGUUCGCAGCAAAUACAUUUUGUCGUGCCGUUUUGGCGCUAGCGGCGGUAUUGUGGAGUGAACCGUUAUAUCAUGAUCUGGGAGUUGGGCGAGGUACGAGUAUUUUAGGUGGUUUGUGUGUUGGGUGUAUUGCUGGUGUGUUCGUGCUGUGGCAUUGGGGUCAGAAUCUCCGAGCAAGAAGUCGUUUUGCAGUCAGUGAAUGA